CUUGAGGGCUAAAGAUCAGGGGUGCGCGGGGUUCUGGGGACAGAGGUCCUGGACGCUACCGCAGUGCGGUGAGUGAGCAGCCGGGGGGCUCCGAAGGCCACCAUGGACGCUGUAGGGGCGGCAGGGCCCCCGGCGCCCCCAGGCCCCUUGACUCACCUGAGCCUGCGGGACGGUUCGGAGGCGCGGCCGCGGAGCGGAGCCGACGGGCGGAGCCUCCCGGGCAGCUGUUCCAGGGCCUCCUCUGAGGGCGCCAGGGAAGGCGUGCGCAGAUGCCUGCAGCAGUGUGAGCAGACCGUGUGGAUCCUGCACGCCAAAGUGGCCCAGAAAUCCUAUGGGAACGAGAAGCGGUUCUUCUGCCCCCCGCCCUGUGUCUACCUCGCAGGUCCCGGCUGGAGGGUGAAGCCAGGGCAGGGCCAAGCGCACCCGGCCGGGGAGUCCGGGCCCAUCGUCUGCGGCUUCAUGGGACUGGACGGCGCCUCGGGCAGCGCCGCCGAGACGCAGAAGCUGAGCUUCGAAGAGCAGCGGGACUCGCGGGAAUUCGGCUGCGCCAAGACUCUGUACAUCUCCGACGCCGACAAGAGGAAACACUUCCGCCUGGUGCUGCGGCUGGUGCUCCGAGGGGGCCGGGAACUGGGCACCUUCCACAGUCGCCUCAUCAAGGUCAUCUCCAAGCCGUCGCAGAAGAAGCAGUCGCUGAAAAACACUGACCUGUGCAUCUCCUCCGGUUCCAAGGUGUCACUCUUCAACCGGCUGCGCUCCCAGACCGUAUCCACACGGUACUUGUCAGUGGAGGACGGUGCCUUUGUGGCCAGCGCGCGCCAGUGGGCGGCAUUCACGCUGCACCUGGCUGAUGAACGCUCUUCCCAGGGGGACUUCCCCCCUCGAGAGGGCUAUGUCCGCUACGGCUCCCUGGUCCAGCUGGUGUGCACGGUCACUGGCAUCACGCUGCCCCCGAUGAUCAUUCGGAAAGUGGCCAAGCAGUGCGCACUCCUGGAUGUGGACGAGCCCAUCUCCCAGCUGCACAAGUGCGCCUUCCAGUUUCCUGGAGGGCCUCCAGGAGGAGGCGGCACUUACUUGUGUCUGGCCACAGAGAAGGUGGUGCAAUUCCAGGCCUCCCCGUGCCCCAAGGAGGCAAACCGGGCGCUGCUCAAUGACAGCUCCUGCUGGACCAUCAUUGGCACCGAGUCGGUGGAGUUCGCCUUCAGCACCAGCCUGGCCCGCACCCGGGAGCCCGUCACUCCGGUACCCCUCAUCAGCACCCUGGAGCUCAGUGGCGGGGGCGACGUGGCCACGCUGGAGCUCCACGGGGAAAACUUCCACGCGGGACUCAAAGUAUGGUUCGGGGACGUGGAGGCGGAAACCAUGUACAGCCCACGCUCGCUCGUGUGCGUGGUGCCCGACGUGGCGGCCUUUGGCAGCGACUGGCGCUGGCAGCGCGUCCCCAUCACUGUGCCCGUGAGCCUGGUGCGCACGGACGGGCUCUUCUACCCCAGCGCCUUCUCCUUCACUUAUACCCCCGAGUACAGCGCACGCCCAGCGGGCGCCCCCGAGCCGGCCGCAGAUGCCGACGCACUGCUGGAGACCAUCCACCACGAGUUCACGCGCACCAACUUCCACCUCUUCAUCCAGACGUAG